ACCUGUCAUCGACAGCACAGCGACCACGGACUAGUAUGGCCCGCUGGUCGUGGCGCCGCGCGUACAUCCAGGUGCGCCGCGUGCUCGCGUGCCUCUGCACCAUCGGCAUCGUCUACAUCGAGUACCUCGGCUCCGUCGGCAACAGGACGGUGCUUGUCGGCGGCCUUCUCCCCGCGGCCCCGGGCAACGUCUACGCGAGUCCGCUCCUGCCCACGUUUCUCCAAACGCUCCUCUCGGGCGGCUACAACGGGACGCUCCCAAGCCCACCGGCCUUUCUCUACCUCGAAGCCAACGAAAGCCGCGUGGACCUGUGUGAGCGCUGCCGCGAAGCCCUUCCGGGCGACCGCAUCUACACCCCAAGUUACCUCACGCUGGUGCUUACCAAGCUUCUGCCUUUACAACUCGACGACAGCCAUGUGCUGGUCGACUGCGCGUACACGGGCCGAGCGACCGAGGACACGACGGCGCUCAAAGCCUACGUGCUCUCAUCGACCUCGCUCACGACGGUCUUUCUGCAGACAAUGGUCGUCCAACGCCCUGCCAAGCAUCGCCAAGCCGGCUGCGGCACGGCGACCGUCGUCUCGCUGCCCCUCGACGCGAUCAAUGCGACCGACAUGACGUCGCGCCUCGUCGCCGACCCGACGUCGCCGGCUAUCAACGACGUUUACCAAACGUACGUCGGCCUCGACUUUCCGUACGAGGUCUCGACGCCGUUUGUGCCCGUGCGACUCGCGACGGGAGCGACGGUCUCGGGCGCUUGGACCGCGACGCUCGGGCACGAAGUCGUCUCGCUCCUCGGCACCGAAGGCAUCUUCCGCGGAACGACGGCGACGCAGGGCAACUACGCCUACUACGUCUGGUCUCUCCCAUCCGACCCGCUCGCCUUUGCCUUCGAGACCGUCUACACGGACGCCAGCCACUCGAAAGACGCGAACGCGUGGCUACGCCUCCUCGUCGGCGCCGGCAUCGCCUUCAACGCGACCGUGAGCCUCCUCGUUGCACUCGUCUCGUGCGUGCACUUGUAUCGCGAGACGGGCGUCCUCUGGGUCCCCGAUCUCUUUCCGUGCAUCCAGUACCGGGUCCAAGUGCGCGCCGCGCUCUGCGCCUGCGUGCUCUACCUCACCGACUGGUGGCACGUCUUUGAGUGGAGUCUCGCCGAGGCCAAUGCGCGGCUCGGGCUUCCAGGUACCUUUGUGUACCCGGCCAUGGCGCUCGCAGAUGCUUUGAUGGUUGCGCUUGCGCUGCUGACGUGGCUCACCCACGCCUUGCAUGUCCGGAUCGGCCUCGAGGCCAUCGUGCUCAUCUUGUUCAUCUGCUUCAAGUACCGCACCGACCUGACGACGCGCAUCGGUCUCUGUCUCCAAGCCACCGAUGAGUACGCGACCGCCAACUUUGAGAGCAACUCGUUUUCCGCCGGCGCCGACGGCAUGGACGUCUGGACGAUCCACGAGAACGCCGGCACCGCUGCUGACGCCAUCGUGCUCAUCUUGUUCAUCUGCUUCAAGUACCGCACCGACCUGACGACGCGCAUCGGUCUCUGUCUCCAAGCCACCGAUGAGUACGCGACCGCCAACUUUGAGAGCAACUCGUUUUCCGCCGGCGCCGACGGCAUGGACGUCUGGACGAUCCACGAGAACGCCGGCACCGACUUUUGCGUCGUCGCCUGCGCGUUUACGUGGUGGCUCGUGGCGUUGGCUGCGGCGUCGCUCUACAUCCUCGGCGCCAAGGUGGUCUGGCCGCCACGCCAGACGCCGCGCAUGCGCCGCUUCAAGUCCAUCUUCAUUCGGCCGCGCAGCGGCGCCUUUCGAUUCUGGCUCGGCGACGACGUCCCGACGGACGUGCGACUUUGGACAGAGCGCUCGCUGCUCUACGCCCCGUUCCGGCCGUCGGACGCGAGCGCCGGAUGGCAGGUCGAGCGCAGCACGCGCCAGCGCGUCGAGGACGUCGUCGGCUUUGUCGCAGCCUGCGACGAGACCACAGACGACGGCCGCGUCUCGAUCUCGUCGCUGUGGCUGCUCGGGCACAUCAUCGUCGACGAUCGAUUUCUCAUGGCCAUCAACAGCUACCCGCGCUGGCUCCUCAACGCGCUUUUGAACCGACGCCUCUUCCGCGUGGAGCGGGUGUGGACCGACCUGGCGCCGCUUCGCGUUCAAGCGAUGCCAUAG